GUGGGGCUCGUUUCGACUAAUUAAGAAGAAGGAAGUAAAUACGUUAAUAACUUCCGGUGUAGAAAAAUAAUAAAAAAAAAAUAGAAAAGCAGUGAUUAUAAAAAUACAGACACAAGAAAAUUAGUAGAGAUGCCAACAUAGCUUGUGGUACAGUCAACUUUACUAAGAGAUUUGAUUGCCAAAAAAGUGGAAAAAGUUGACCUGCUAUACCCCCAUAAAGAAGUGGACUUUACCAAGGCUGUUGGAACAGUCAACAAGCUUUACCUGUCUAAAAUAGUGUAAAUUGCUGUCAGUUACCUAUGUUGACAAAACAUUGCAUUUAAUGGCCCAUCAAGAAAAUAAUCACUAAUUAAUAAUAAAAACAUAGAUUUCAUGAAUAAAUAACAAGGUAUUUACAUUGUAGUGAAGUACAUUAUCUAGUGAUAAUUGAUGAGUGGGACAAGACUUGAAUCCCUGAAGCUAUAAUUACAACCUUAUUCACCUGUAAACUUUACACAAACAGGUUGACUGGAAAUUUCCUUGUAUUUUACUUAAGCCAGACUCCAGAAAAGCUGAAAUUUAAGAUGUGGAUAAAAGCUAUGGCCAAUUAAAUGUGAAUGUUAUGAGAUAGAAAUAUUACCAGCUGUAAACAUUUUGCACAGAGUACAUAGAACAUCUGUUGUAUGAUUGUUGUGGAUCUGAACAUUGACUGGCAAAAAAUAACUUUGUAAUACAAUUGAGAAGACAUUCAUGCAUGAAUUGUGCAGUGGCAGUAGAUGAUUAAAAAGUUAAGAUACAUGUGAAAUCUUCAGGAAUCUAUGGAGAAAAAAAAUUAAGAGAAAAACCUACUAACAGUUACAAAUUGAAGAAAAAUAAUUGAUGAAAUGAAGUCAUCAUACGGAAAAGAAGCAGUUAUUGUUGUGGUGUGUGUACUGGUCUGCUUGAAUAGCUAUAGAUGUGGAGCAGCAGUUCCAGAUUGUGAUGUGGCAAACAAAACAGGACUGCCCAGCGAUGUUUGCACAUUUGACCUCAAAAUGAAGGGGGCUUGGCCACAUAAGGCAGAUGAAUAUUUCUGUGCAGGUUAUGAAGUUGAAAAUGAAAUAUUUGGUGGAUCAGAUCAAGAUGCUGAUGGAUACAUAGUACGAUAUGAGGCACUGGCCGAUGCAAGCACUGCACAUCAUAUUUUGGUGUUCGGAUGUAGAAGCUUGCGAAGAGACACUAGUAAAGUCUGGCAUUGUGGGCAAGUGUGUGAUGGAGAAGACCAGAUUAUAUUUGCUUGGGCUAAAAAUGCUCCUCCCCUAUCUUUGCCAAAAGGUGUUGGGCAGCAUAUUGGAAAAACAACAGAUAUCAAAUAUAUUGUGAUCCAGAUACACUAUGCUCAGCCACUUAAGGGUAAAGACAGUUCUGGAAUCAGACUUUACACAACAAGGCAGAGACAGCCCUAUAUAUCUGGGAUAUAUCUGUUGCUGGCCUAUGAUGUCACCAUACCCCGCAAUACUCCAAAAUUCCAUGUAGACUCAUCCUGUAGAUUCAAUUGGGACGAUAGCAUUGUUCCGUUUGGUUACAGAACACACGCACAUAGCCUCUGCCGGGUAAUAUCAGGAUACAAAGUUAAGGAUCGUGAAUAUGAAAUGAUUGGUAAAGGUAACCCACAAUGGCCUCAGGCAUUCUACCCAGUGAAGAAUCAUGUAGUUAUAAAUCCUGGAGAUAUUUUGGCAGCAAGAUGUACUUAUAAUUCAACUGGGAGAUAUAGGGCCACAGAAAUAGGGUCCACAGCCAAUGACGAGAUGUGUAACUUCUACAUCAUGUAUUACAUGAACAGCUCAAUGGAAAAUAAGCGAGGUCAAGAUACAUGUUAUCAAAACAAGCAACAACAGGUAUUCAGAAACAUUCCAGCAGGCUCGGACGUUCCUUUACCACCAAACCCAGCACUAGAGGGCGAAGCAAUGUCACAUCAUCAUCACCAUGGUAUGGGAGGUUCCAAUGAUGAAGAUUUGGAUCAUGGAAAAAUAGAUGAACCUCAGGUUGACAAUGAAAGACCACAAGUGGAUUUCCAUGGCAAUGUACCAGACACAGAAAAUCCUGAGGUGAAGUUGAACAAGGACUUAGAGCUAGAGUUUGUAUCUGAGGUGGGUAACCUGGAAAUUGGUCAGGUUGGUGGACUGGCUGUGAACCGUGCAGGAGACCUGUAUAUAUUCCACAGAGGAUCAGUCAUCUGGAACCAGCUGUCAUUCACACCAUUGAAUGUGUACACACAGCAGAACCUACCUGUAGAGGUGGAUCCAGUUAUUGUACUUGACAAGGAUGGAACAUUGAAGAAACACUUUGGUAAAAACAGGUUUUAUUUACCUCAUGGUUUGAGUCUAGAUUCUGAGGAGAAUAUCUGGUUGACGGAUGUGGCCUUACAUCAGGUGUUCAGGAUUCCCCGGGGUGAGGAAACACCCGACAUGACACUGGGUAUCCAAUUUGAGCCUGGCACUGACACUGAGCAUUUCUGCAAACCAUCAGAUGUGGCCGUCCUCUCAACAGGCGAAUUCUUUGUUUCUGAUGGGUAUUGUAACAGUAGGAUAAUGAAGUUCGACAAGAAUGGUUACUUUUUGAAGCAGUGGGGUUCAGAGAGUGCCCAUUAUGGCUCGGAUAGUUUCCCUGCCCCUGGGACAUUUAAUCUACCUCAUGGAGUGGCCUUAGCGGAGGAGAAAGGUCUACUCUGUGUGGCAGAUAGAGAGAAUGGACGGAUACAGUGUUUUGAUCUUGAGGGGAACUUCGUACGGCAGAUGCAUCCUAAAACGUUUGGACAGUCCUUGUAUUCUCUGGAAUACUGCCCAAAUCAUGGUGGAGUACUGUUUGCUGUAAAUGGUCCAUUAUUUGGUUCACAUUCUGAAAAAACACAGGGUUUCACACUAGAUAUAAAUACUGGAACACUGGUAUCCUUGUGGAACAUUCCAGGGGAAGGCCUGACUCAUCCUCACGAUGUGACAGUGGAUAGCACAAACCAUGUUGUAUAUGUAGGUGAACUAAAUCCAAGGAAAGUCUGGAAAUUCCAAAUGUCAAAGAAAAUGUAUUUAGCAGACUCUACAGAUUCUACAAAACUAGCAGGCAAACAGCCAGCUGUAGUAACAGGGACCAGUAAGCAGGUUUCCAAGGAAACAAGUACGAUCAGUGUUGUCAUGGCUACAAGUGCUGCCUCUUAUAGCACCUCUGUUGUAAAAAGUGGCUUUGAUUCUGUUGUAAACAGUGACACUGGCUUAGCCAAAACUGUAUCUAGUACCCCUUUGUACAGCACAGAGGUAGCAAGCAGUGAAAAUCAUGCAGUUUCUACACAGUCCAAUGAGCACCGAGUCAAUGUGGAUGUCUUCAAUAUUGAAGUCCGUCCACCAGCUUUGAAUAUAAAGAAAGAAGAGAGUGAUGGUUUUGGACCAUCUGUAAUUAUUGGUACCCUGCUUGUGGUACCCGUCUUACUGCUGGUGAUCAUUACAGUUAUAUAUAGACUGUAUCAUACAGGCCGAUUCAAGAACUGCCGUCGUCGCUCAGGAAAGAAGUCAGUGUUCAGUCUCGGUAAUUUCUUACAUUCCCACAAAGGAUUUGACAGGUUAAGUACGGAAGACGAUGAUCAUGAUUAUGACAAUGUUCUUGAUGAUGACUCUGAUAAUGAAGAGUUUAAUAUUGUCAGGAAAGCAUAGUUAGUGAUGAUGGCAACAUUGAGUGUGUAUUUAUUUUUGAAAUAUGUUGAGUGGUGUGUGAAAAGUAGAAAAUGGUUGUGUUUUUAAUAUUGAUGACUUACAAGAGAGUGCUAGAUUUAUUUUUAUUGAAACUAGUCCAUGAUGUUCAUAAUAUAUUAUAGGUUGAGCUUACUUGAAACUGAUGUUUAGGCUUAAACUUUAGGUGAUUGUUUUAAAAGUAUUUUUUUGUCCCAAUUUUAUUUUCUUAAGAAAUUACCAUGCUAUCUGAUGGAAGCAGACUUUCAUUUGUGAAUGAACUCUAGACUAAUUUAUUUAUUAGUCCCCUACUGGUUAAAAACCAGUUUCGGGGACUAUAGGAAUGCGCUUUUCCGUCAUUUCGUCUGUUUGGACAUCCGCAAUUUCGUGUCCGGUCCAUAACUCUUGUCAUCCAUGAAGGGAUUUUAAUAUUACUUGGCACAAAUAUUCCCCAUGAUUAGACGACUUGUCUUGCGCAAAACCCAGAUGCCUAGCUUAAAGGUCAAGGUCACAAUUGGAGGUCAAAGGUCAACAGGGCUUUUUUCCUGUCCGGUCCAUAACUCUCCCAUCCAUGAAGGGAUUUUAAUAUCACUUGGCACAAAUGUACCUCAUAAUAAGACGAUAUGUCAUGCACAACUUUCAGACACCUAGCUCAAAGAUCAAGGUCACACUUAGCAGUCAAAUGUUAACAUGGCAUGAACAGAGUCUGUUUCUUGUCCGGUCCAUAACUCUGCCAUUCUGGGAUUUUAAUAUUACUUGGCACAAAUGUUCCCAAUGAUGAGACAACGUGUCGUGCGCAAAACUUGGACCCCUAGCUCAAAGGUCAAGGUCACAGUUGGAGGUCAAAGGGCAAUAGGGUUUAUUUCCUGUUCAGUCCAGAAUUCCGUCAUCCAUCAAGGGAUUACAAUAUUACUUGGCAUAAAUGUUCCCUAUGAUGAGACGACGUGUCAUGCACAACACCCAGAACCCUAGCUUAAAGGUCAAGGUCACACUUCAAGAUAGGAUUUUUUUCCUGUCCGGUCUAUAACUUUGUCAUGCAAAACAGGAACAGAACAGAACAUAUAUUUUAUUAGAUUUGUACAUAGUACAUCAUCAAUAUAAAUUUAACAUUUACAUUACAUAUAGUGUAACAUCACGUGUGACUGUAUGAUAAAUUAUAAUAAAAAGCAGUUUACAUAGAGGAUGAUCAUAUUUUGCUAGACAUUUAUGAUAGUAUUUCUAAUUUCUAAACUUUCUUUAACACAUUUUGCAAAUUUGUAUAAUAGAUAUCUGUCAGUAGUUUGCAAAAGCUGAAUACAUUUGAACAUUAUUGGUCGUACAUAAAAGUAUUUCUUUAUAUAUUUCCUACGUAAAUUACUGUAACAAGGACAAAUUAAAGUGAAAUGAUACUCAUCUUCGAUAUCAUGGGUAUUACAACAUUGGCAAUGUCUCGCAUUUCGUGGCAGUCUGUUUCUAUUAAAACGACAAGUUUGUAUUCUGAGAGAAUGAGCAGAUAGUCUUUAUCUAGAAACGAAAAAUCUUAAGUUACCUGGUAAAAUAUCAAGAUAAAUUUCAUAUGACAAACUUGUUUUACAUUAUAAGUACAGUUCUAACACCUUGCUGUUUUGAAUGGAGUUAUGCCAGUCAUGCAUGUAAUUAUCAAUCAAUCUUUGUUCAGAUAUGUUAGGGAAUGUUUUAUAAUCUAUGUUAUCACUCUGUAUAAAACAGUCAGAGAACCCAUAUGUGUCUAACAAUCAUUUGACAUUUGAUAGCCAAUUUUUACAACCUUUAGAGCAGUCAGAAACAUUUUGCUCAUAAAUCCUUUUCAAUAUAAUAUUGUCUGUAUCUAACGACUUACACCAAUAUCUAAUUACCCUAACAUAUCGAGAAAUAUACAGAGGAUAUCUCCCUAAUUCACCAUACACACCAGCAUUACAUGUGCUUAAUCUAACCUUAAAAAUACUUUUACAAAGUUUGAAGUGAAUACGCUCCAUUUCUUUAGAUUUAGUACAACCCCAAACCUCAGCAGAAUAAUUUAAGAUAGAGCCGACGAAAGAGUCAAAUAAUUGGCAUUGGAGUUUAGGUUUUACAUCAUAUUUUUUACAAUUGAGCAUCAGUACUUUCAACGCUUUUAGUGAUUUGCCUGUUAGAUGUUCUAGAUUCAUUGAAAAAUUACCAAUAUAGUUGAAAAUGGUACCUAGAUAAUUAAAAUGAUCUACAGUUUCUAAAGACUCUCCCUUAUAGAACCACUUCUCAUUUGCAAGAAUAUUGCCUCUUUUUCUAAAUACCACUACCUUAGUUUUAUGGGUAUUAACUUCUAAACCCCAGAGAGAACAAUAAUCAGACAAACUAUCUAGACUAUUUUGUAGGUCUUCAGGUGUUUUUCCCAGAAUUUCCAUAUCAUCAGCAAAUAGCAACAAUAUUAAAACAAUAUCAUCAAAAAGCAAUCCAGAAUCAAUAUUACUUUGUAAAUGUAGUUCUGAGUCUUCAACAAAUAAAGAAAAGAGCAGAGGCAAAAUUACCUCCCCUUGACGCAAUCAGACUGCACAGCUGAAGAAAUCUGAGUAUGUGUUACAACAUUGUACACACGAUUUCACCUUUUCAUACACGUCUUUAAUAAUGCGUAAAAUUUUACCUUGGAUACCAUUUCUGUAUAAUUUAAGUCACAAGCAGUUUCUGUUUAUGCUAUCAAAACAAGAUUUCAAAUCAGUAAAUCCAGCAUAUAAAGUUGAUUGUUAUUCAAAUAAUGUUGUAUAACGGAAUGCAAAAUAAAUAUAACAUCUACAGUAGAUUUGCCUUUUUGGAAGCCGAAUUGCACAUCUGAAAUAAUAUUAUUUUCACAACAGGAUUUAGAUAUCAGUUGGCACAAAUAUUCCCCUGGAUGAGACAACAUGUCGUGUGCAAAACCCGGGCCCUAGGUCAAAGGUCAAGGUCAUACUUAAAGGUCAAAGGUCAAAUUCAAGAUUGACUUUGUCUGGAGCGUUUCUUCUUUAUGCAUGGAGGGAUUUUUAUGUAACUUGGCACAAAUGUUCAUCACGAUGAGACUGAUUGUCAUGUGCAAGAACCAGGUCCCUAGGUCUAAGGUCAAGGUCAUACUUAGAGGUCAAAGGUCAAAUUCAAGAAUGACUUUCUUCUUCAUGCAUGAAGGGAUUUUGAUGUAAAUUGGCACAAAUGUUCACCACCAUGAGGCACCCUUGUUUUUGGAAUUAUGUCCCUUUUUGUAACUAUAAAUAGGUUAUAUUGUAACUUUUUUAUUACUGGCCGUAGGGAAAAAUUGAGACCACUUUUCUGUGGAACAACAUGCAUGUUACAUCCAAUUUUUAGGUGUAUUUUGACCUAUCUCUACCUGGUUAAGAGUUUCUUGUGGACUUACAUUAAAAUAGAUUUUUUUUUUUUUAGGAUUAAUUUCCCUUUGUUGUUACUAUAAAUUACUUGUAUGAUAACUUUUUUAUAAUCGGCCAAAAAAAAUAAUUCCAUAUUAAUCCAAGUGCUUUGUUAUAACAUAUUGUUUAUAUAGUACAAUAUUGUUUAUACUUCAUUGACAGAUAUCAGUUCAUUAUUUUAUACUGCAGUAGAGAAAAUUAGGUGCCUUCCAGUAGGGGACUUUCUAUUGCAUGGCAAUACUUCAUUCACUUGUUUUUUUUAAGCCAUAUAUUCUGACAGUGCAGAAUUCCUAGUCACCAUUGAAGUUGUGUUAAGAGUGUUUUUCAGAAAAUAUUUGAAGAAGUAUUUAAAUUAUCACAGUGUGAGGGCUGAGUGUGAAAUUAUUGUAUCUUGUUCUUUGUUCACAUACAGUUACAAGUUUUGCACCCAACCUUCGAAAUUAUAGCUUUAUUACAGUGUGUUCUUUAGUUUUGAUCUGUAGAUUGUUUCAUCUCUGAAAUAGUGCUUCUUGAUUCAUCUAACUUGUUCAUUUUUUGCAUUUUUUACCCAUAUCUUUUUAAUAAUUUAGUAAUGUUAUGCUCAAAUGAAUGAUCUUUCAGUUAUUUUUGUAUCAGUAUAUUAUAGUACUUUUUAAAUCCAACAAGUGAUCUUUUAACUCAGUCAGAUUCAUGGCUUGGUUGCUUUUUUACCAUAUUUCCAAAGGACAUUCUUAAUGGAUUUGAUUGGUUAGGGGCUCACAAGCUUUUCAGGUAUAAGGUUUCAUUGUAAGGGGUAUGGCAUAGGAUUUCAGGUAUAAGGUUUCAUUGUAAGGGGUAUGGCAUAGGAUUUCAGUUUCAUUGUAAGGGGUAUGGCAUAGGAUUUCAGUUUCAUUGUAAGGGGUAUGGCAUAGGAUUUCAGUUUCAUUGUAAGGGGUAUGGCAUAGGAUUUCAGUUUCAUUGUAAGGGGUAUGGCAUAGGAUUUCAGUUUCAUUGUAAGAGAUAUGGCAUAGGAUUUCAGUUUGAAUCGCAUUAUUUUCCUUCAUUCCUAAUUUUAAACUUUUUGUCUUGUUGCACAUUUCUGAGGAAAGAAGGCUAAAUAGAGAACUUCAUUGUUGCUGAAUAUUUAUGUAGUGCCAAAUUCCUUUUAUUUUCACUCAGGGUAUACAGUUGGAGUUUUGAAAAUGACAUGAUAACAAAAUAAUUGAAGCAUUUAGACAUGGUGUUAUAUUACAAGGUAGAUUCAACAAGUGCAUUCAGUAUGCUUUAACCUAAUGUCACUCUGAUAUGCAGUCCUGUAGAUAGUUGCUAUAAUUUUAACAUGUUUUGAAACAGACAAAGGUAAUGAAUCAUGUCUGUUUGAGCAUUAUACACUUAUUCAUUUAAGUAAGCCCAAAAAGAAUUACUUGAAGAAUUAAACAAUAACUGACUUUCAGUGCAUUGCUUUUGACCUGCUCUUGCCAGAUAAUGAUUAUAAGAUUGAUAAGAAUGAAUGGGUAUUUAUCCUAGACCUGAAACACUUGGAUGGUUUUAGCUAGGUUUAAAAAGAAAAUGAAUUGUUAGAAUGCCGGGGCAUGUGGCAGGGCGGUCAGCAUCAGGAAGAUUGUUUAUACUUUAGCACUUCAGUUUUGGUUGAAAUAUUGACAUGAAACUUGGCUUAUAGGCAGCUUAUGAUAAGUCCAAGAUUGGGAUUGCAUUUGGAUGCAGUGGAAUCCAGGUCAGUGUCACUGUCACUAAUAAUAGAAAAAAAACGGUGUCUGCUAGAAUUGACAUACUGUCACUAAACUUGGUGUAUAGCAAGCUUAUAUGAAGAAUUGGCUUUUUUCACUGCUUCUAAAAAUCAAAAAAUGUUUAUUGUGCUGUAUCUUUAACUUGGAUUUACCUAUUGGCACCAAACUUGGUGUGUAGAUAUUUUUUAUAGAGACGAAAGUUUGGAUUGUAUCUGGGGGUCACUUGGGUCAAGGUCAAGGGCACUGUUACUUGAAACAGAAGCAUGGUUUCUGCUGAAUACAUGUAACUUAAGUUAGGAACAAAAUAACUAAAUUAAUCUGCUUACUUUGAAAAUAAAACAUUGGUGCAGUGAGGUAGGAUGUUGGUUUGUUGUACCUUUUGCAAUGUAGAAAAUUUGGAGAAAAGUGGAUGAGUAAUGGUUGUUAUCCCACUCCAGGCUUUAUUUUUUUCCUUUUGUAAUAAAACAACCCUUUUAAACGUCAUAAGGUCAAGUUCAGUUACUAAAACAGAUAUUUUUCACUGGAAACAUCAGACUUUAAUAAUGUUAUGUUAUGAAUGACACACUGUUAAAAUAACUAUGUAUUUCAAGCUUUUAUGAAGAACUGGCUUGGGUCAAUGUUACUAUAAAUAUUAAAAUUGUUUUCACUCAAUAUCUUUAGUUUGGGUACACCUUUUGUCACCAGACUUGGUGUGUUGAUAGUAUUUGUAAUCAGUCUGGUCAAGGUCAUUGUAACUAUAAGUAAAAAUGUUGUCCACUCAAAAUCUUUAGUUUGGGUAGACUUGUUACCAAACCUGGUGUAUAGGUAGCUUUUAUAGAGACAAAGGCUUGGGUUGUUUUUCAGUCACUCAAGUCAAGGUCACUGUUACUAAAAUAGAAAAUAGUUUCUGCAAACUUGGAAAACCUGGUUUUGUGGCAUUGCCAUGUUUUUUUUGUAUUUUAUACUUUUUGUGGUUGGAAGAUACAGUAGUUGUGUUUGCAUUUAUCAGUUGGUGGUAGUGGAAUUUUGGGCAAAGAGUGCUUGUGGUUAGUAAAUAUUAGUAAAGACUAAAAGUACGUAUUUGAACUGGUUCAGAGGUACUCGGUAUCAAUAGUUUUUACAAUGGAAGAAAUUUUUAAUAUUAAAUGUUAUAUCUUUUGAUGAAUUUGGAGGUUGUAAUGUUGCAGCCAUUAAUUCCUGAAUCACAUACAUUCUUUCUAUUUUUGUAUAUUAUGUAUUAUGUUGUUACACAUGAAAACAUAAUGAUUGAUGUUGUUGUUAUUGCUUUGUUUUGUUGUUGUUGUUGUUCAUGAUGAGAUCUUAUUUCAUAAUAUUCAUUAACAUUUAGUGAAAAUAAUGUUUUUCAGCUUCAUAUUGUUUUUUCAUUGUUACCAGAGAUAUAAUAUUUUUCUUUUAUCUUUAAUGUACAGGAAAGCUGGAUCUUUCGCCGUAUUAUAUGCAUUUACUCUCUUUCAAUAUACUUUGGUCAUUAAACAGUUUUAGAGUCCGCAUAAUAUAUAACAAUGUAACUAAUCAACUUUAAGAUUGUUUACAGUUGGAAAACAACAUUUUAUCAGCAAGAAUCAUAAUAUGUUCAAUUAUUGUUUACAGACAAGAUUAGUUAAUGCACAAUAUCGCUUCUAGCACCUUCAUUAGGUCAUAGUCUGCUUUGGGUUUGUAUUAGAAAUUCUUUUGACUUUGUUUAAAUUGCUCACCCUUAAUAAGCAGACCUUUUUUGUUUCAGUUUAUCUGUACAGUUCUCAGCAUUUUCCAUUAGACGUGAUAUAUUGUUAUGAGUUAUAUAUCCAGAUAUAUUUUGCAUUUAAAUUUUGACAAUGACACAUGAGCAAAGAUCCUUUGUAUCCAUGUAAUAUUUUAAUGUAAUACAUGACAGUUUUAAUAGCAGGGUUGUUAAAUAAACGGAAUAUGGCUGCUACAAAAUUAGGUCAUUUAUGGGUUAUGGCUUGAAUUCCAACAAUGUCAGGAUUUGUAUUAGCAGGCAUUAUAGGUACAGUUAAUGUCAUUAUAGGUGUUCCAUGUAGUAAUACGUUACAGGUAGUAACAAUGAAAAGUGUUAAUUUUGAAUGCAGCUUUUCAUAGAUUUUAUAUAUCUUCUUUUAGAUUUUAUUAACUAUCACAACAACAGAGCCUCACUCGGGGCGUUGAAUUCUUCAUGUGAGGAAGCCAUUCAGCUGGCUUACGGAAGGUCGGUGGUUCUACCCAGGUGCCCGCUCGUGAUGAAAUAAUGCACGGAGGGGCACCUGGGGUCUUCCUCCACCAUCAAAGCUGGAAAGUCGCCGUAUGACCUAAAAUCAUGUCGGUGCAAUGUUAAACCCAACAAAAUAAAAUAAAUAUCACAACAACAAUCUUCAAGUACCAUGUCGCAGCUGUAAAAUGUCUCCACCUUCUUGGAUUCAAUAUCUGUGUUAUAGAAUUCCGCUUAAAGCCUGUUUUAGGGGGUGUGAGGGGUGUCGCACCUGGCAGUACCUCUCGUGACCAGACUUAAUCAAACUCAGUCUGCUAUUAUUUGCUUGGUUGCAUUCUGCUUCUGAAGGAUCUUUUUACGAAGAAAAUACUAAAAACUACUUAUUGCCGCUAUAAAAUGAUUUUCAUGGAGGUUGCUGUUAUUACCAAGAUUUAAAUACAUGGUGAAGAGUUCAAAGACAUACUGAAUACAAGACUUUAAAUGUUGAUGUUUUAUAGGUCUUUUGAGCUCUUGCAUUUUUUAUGUUAAGUUUUUUUUAAGAAGAUUAUCUGUCUUUUUUGUUUAAUGAUAAAUAGGUCUUAUAAAUUAUCUCACUGUGAGAAAAUGUUUAAUACACUUGUAAUUGUAGAGAUAGCUGUAUUAGAACAAAACCAGAAGAUAUUUCUUGAGGCACACCCUAAAGGCAAAUUUAUUUCCUUCACAUUUGUUGGUUUAUUUUGAUGUUAUUUAAGCCAAGUCAAGUCAAGUAAAAAAAACUUGACCACUCAUUUCAUGACAAAAAAAAAUAACGAGGUGAUUAUUUAAUAUUCUAUCAUGACUUGAUUUUAUUGCCAGUUAAAAAAAGAAGAUGGUCAGGCUUUGUAUAUUCUGCAAUAAACAACGGUUUAUGAAGGACAGUCAAGAGAUCAUUAUCACACCAAUUAUGACAUGAAGUUUCGCAUAAUGUCCAGUUCAUUACUACUGGCAUGAAUUAAGUCCAUUAUUUUCAUAAAAUAUUUCAGUGAGCAUUUUAAGAUGAAAUCAGUUGAUGCCUUCUUGUGGUUUAUUGUCUAAUUUACCAUGGCUCAUUAUUCACAUGCUUGGAUAUUUAACCACUCUGGCUAAUGCCCUGGUAGUUGUUCAGUUCGUGCGGAUCUUGAACUCUGAACCAUGAUAAAUCAAGUGACAAACCACACGAAAGCUUUGAUAAUUUGAUAAAUAUAUUUUAGGCUCAUAAGUCAAUAAACAGUAUUAUAAUAAUUCAAACAAAGUUAGAUAAGCAUUUUCAUACAAACGCCUUUCCAUGUCAAAAUAUUAAAUAUUAUAUGUCGUAUAAUACAUGUAUAUGAUGCCCCAUUAGGGCAUCAUAGAGUUGCAUUAUUUUGUAUAUUUUUGAUGUUAUUUAAAUAUGUUCAUAAAAUUGUGAUUGACUGUUUGGUAAAUGUGUUAUAAAUGUAAUAAAUGUUUUAUUGUUUAUUUUGUCAUAAUGUUUUAUCGUCUUAAAAGAUCAUUGCAAUAAUUAAAGUUAUACCUAUUCUUGUUGUUUUAUGGUGAUAUUGAUAAUGUGCGGACCAUGGUUUUUACUUGAAUAGUACAUAAUAUAUUGUUUAUAUUGAGUAUUCUACCAUUUUCUUUUAGCUUGAAAGAAAUGAUGUCCCAUAUGAUUUGAUAAAGUUCCGGUUUAAUAAAAGUGGUUCUUAUGGCAGCAAAUGAGACAAAUAUCCUUUCAGGUAUAGGGCUUUCAUUGCUGGAAAAUGGUCGUGUUUCUUUGUUAUCUAGGCUUAAAAUAACAGUCAAACUCACAGUGUAGGCAAAACACCUGUUUUCACACAGAAUGUGAUUGGUCAAGAGUCCAAAAGUAAAACUAAGUUGGAGACUUAAAGCCCUGCUCCGCGGCUAUUCAAAUUCUAUUGUGUGUAUGCAACCCAUGAUUACAAUAGGUAACAGUUAACGGCCACGCGUCACACUUUAGCACCAAAACCACAGGUAUUUUAUAUAGAAUUUUAUAUAAAAUAGACUCUAUUUUGAUAGGCAUCACUGUUCAUAGUCAGGAUUUUCAUGCUUUUUCAGUGACAAUUCAAGGUUAAAAGGUAGGACUGGAGCAGGUCUAUAAUGUUGCUGAAUAUGGAAAUACUUCAUUAUAUUUUGAUCAUAUUUGCAAGUACAUGUAGUGUAUUAUUUUCAGUAUGCUUUAUCACCUGUAUACCUGUCAUUGUCAUGUUACGUUGAAUUUGACAUUUAUCAGCAUUAUGUAUGCAAAAGUUCUGGGUUUUGACAGAAAACGGGGAAAUACAGUGGUCGGAAUUGUUGUUACUGGGGAAUGUUGCAUUUUCGAUUCCAGCUAAAACAAUUGUUACUAGUCAGAUUUUGUUAAUAUUUAUUGGAACAUUAAAAGAAUCAAAUGGUGUGUACAGGCAAGAAAGUAUAUUACAAGGUUUGAAAAGAGAAACCAGUGGUCAUUGUUGGAUGUCAUAUUUUGUUGGCAGUUAGCAUGCAGUCUAGAUACAAAAAUAAUUCAGUCACAAUCUAAAUAAAUGACUGGCCUCUGGAUCAAAACCCUUCAAGUUUAUUUCAGUGUAACAAGCAUAGUAUUGUUACUUAAUAUUUACAUUUCGUCAACUGUUGGAAGAAGUUUUAUUAAGGAAACCUUUCUGAUAAAAAUUUUCUUCUAUUUUUGUAUUUACACAGUUCUCUAGAGAACGAGUGUUUGUAUUUACGCAGUGCAGUUUGCGUAAGUUAUGGACAUGUAAAAAAUGUUGUUAUUCAUUUAUUAGCUAUAUUGCUUGGAAAUCAGGUAAAAGAUGUAUAUUUGAACAGUUCUUAAAGUUUAUAAGACAGCUGGUAACUAUGUCCUCAUACUGUACUGUUUGUAUUUGGUGCCAUAUCGCAGUCACAGUGUAAUUUAUACUAUAAUAAUACUGUAACAGUGUUCAGCUAAAUCCUUCUUGUUGAUAACUUGCUAUUCUAAGUUAUUGAUAAUUGACUUUUACUAGAAGCUGAAAUCUCAAAUUGAACUAUAUGAAAUAAAACACCUAGUAUGAGUUUAGUAAGUUAUUUUAAAAAUUCAGUUUUUUUUUGACAAAUUAAUAUUUAAAAUUGAAAACAUAGAUUUUCCAAUAUUUAAAGUGGAAUUUUACCUGGCACCAGUUUUAUUUUGUUUUAGUAUAUUGAAGUGACUUACAUUGUUCUGCAAUCAAAAUUAUCAAUGCCAACCCAUCAAUCUUUUUUUGUAUUUAUAUAGUCUUUAAGCUCAAAGCGAUUUUCAGAUAUCUUAAGAUACCAUAUACUUUUUUUGAUAAAGUUUACCCAUAAGCGUGAAAGUAGUGAUUGGUAUAAAUUUACAAAAUAUAUUCUCUACUUUGGUUGGACACACCAAUAUUAUAAUGACGUGUGAAGUUUAUUCACCAGUCACAGAAAACAGUUAUUUUCUUGUAAUCUAAAUUUCACGUAAUUAAGUCAUUUUGCCUCUCAUUCUUUAUAUAUUUGUUAAUCGGUAUCGGCUUAUUAUAUUGACAUUAACGUUAUAUUGCAAUUUAGUUGUCUAGAUAUGUAGACUAAAUUAACAUUUUUUAUGCAUUUAUGCACCGCCAUCUUAGCAGGUUCUCACUGGCACCAGACCAGAAAGGGGAAAAAAAAACUGUACAUGUUAUACCAUACCCCUAUGUAUAUUAUAUGGUUCGUACAGUAUACCUAGGGGUAGGGCAUAACAUGUACAUGCUUUUUCUUUCUUUCUUCUCUUCUGGCCUGGCGCCAGUGCAGGUUCUCACCUUUACACAUACGUAUUAGCGCGGGGAAAAUAGUUCAUCUUAGAAUGUACAACAUAAUGCUUUUAUCCAGUGAUGAUCAGUUUCACGUUUUACCGAUAGUUUUGAUUUGUAAACAAAAAGUUAUGGGUAAUUUAAAUUCUAUAAUGGCAAACAUGACUGGAAUUAUUUGUGAUACUGAAUUUUCAUCAUGGUUAUUGUUUAUUGAAAUGAAAUAUUAUGUUUUAUGUAGUUUCGUUUAUAAUGUGGUGAUAUGUAUAAAAUGAAGUUGAUUAUUGGUGAUAAAUAAAAAACGCUUGUCUUCAAUAA